GAUGUCAUCAGUGGUCGCCCGGAGUCGUCAGCACGUGGCGGGAAGGGGCGGUGCCCGCUAGCUGUCCGCUCCCACGAGCGGCAGGAGCUGCCUGUCCUCGCGCUCGCCUCUCGGUGUCCUUCCGUCAUGCCCGAGGAGGCGGGCUUCUCGCUGGCCAAGAGGUUCCGGCGCUCCGGGUCUUGCGCUCCCGGCAAGCGGGUGGUGAUGCUGCUGGCAGCGGGCGGCGGCGGCGGCGGGAGCCGGAGGCAGCAGGCACCGCUGGCCCAUCCCGAGGCCGUGGAGCAGCAGCGCCGGAGCCUGCCCAUCUUCCAGGCGCGGCGGCAACUGUUGGUCCAGCUCCGGAACCUGGACAGCGCCAUCCUCAUCGGUGAAACUGGCUCUGGGAAGACGACUCAGCUCCCUCAGUACCUCUACGAAGGAGGCAUUAGCCGCCAGGGCAUCAUUGCUGUGACCCAGCCUCGUCGAGUAGCUGCCAUCUCUCUAGCUACUAGAGUCUCAGAUGAGAAAAGAACUGAACUAGGGAAGCUGGUUGGCUAUACGGUACGCUUUGAUGAUGUCACCUCAGAAGAUACCAGGAUCAAGUUCCUGACAGAUGGCAUGCUUCUUCGUGAAGCAAUUUCAGACUCCUUGCUUCGGAAGUACAGCUGUGUCAUUUUAGAUGAAGCCCAUGAACGGACAAUCCAUACAGAUGUGCUCUUUGGUGUGGUGAAAGCUGCACAGAAGAGGCGAAAGGAACUGGGGAAGCUGCCCCUCAAAAUAAUUGUGAUGUCAGCUACGAUGGAUGUAGACCUGUUCUCUCAGUAUUUCAAUGGUGCCCCUGUACUCUACCUGGAGGGUCGGCAGUAUCCAAUCCAGGUUUUUUACACUAAACAACCUCAGCAUGAUUACCUGCACGCCGCACUUGUUUCAGUCUUCCAGAUCCACCAGGAAGCUCCUUCUUCUCAGGAUAUCCUGGUGUUCCUUACCGGUCAGGAGGAGAUAGAAGCAAUGAGCAAGACAUGCCGGGACAUUGCAAAGCACCUGCCAGAUGGCUGCCCCUCAAUGCUGGUUCUUCCUCUCUAUGCUUCCCUGCCUUACGCACAACAGCUCCGUGUCUUUCAGGUGGCCCCAAAGGGCUAUCGCAAAGUCAUCAUUUCAACUAACAUCGCUGAAACCUCCAUAACUGUUACAGGAAUAAAAUAUGUAGUUGACACGGGCAUGGUUAAAGCAAAGAAGUAUAACCCUGAUAGUGGUCUGGAGGUGUUAGCUGUGCAGCGGGUGUCCAAAACUCAGGCCUGGCAACGAACAGGACGAGCGGGGAGAGAGCAAAGUGGCAUUUGUUACAGACUCUACACAGAGGAUGAGUUUGAGAAGUUUGAGAAGAUGACUGUGCCAGAGAUCCAAAGGUGUAACCUAGCAAACGUGCUGCUGCAGCUCCUAGCAAUGAAAGUCCCAAAUGUCCUCACCUUUGACUUCAUGUCGAAACCCUCUCCAGAUCACGUCCAGGCAGCCAUUGCCCAGCUGGACCUGUUAGGUGCUCUUGAACGUAAGGAUGAGCAGCUUACCCUGACUCCAGUUGGAAAAAAGAUGGCAGCUUUUCCCUUAGAACCCAGAUUUGCCAAAACUAUUCUCCUGUCCCCCAAAUUCCACUGUACAGAGGAGAUACUGACCAUUGUGUCCCUGCUGUCUGUGGACAGUGUACUCUACAACCCUCCCUCCCGACGGGAUGAAGUACAAAGUGUCCGAAAGAAGUUCGUAUCUAGUGAGGGGGACCAUAUCACCCUGCUCAACAUCUACCGGACCUUCAAAAACAUAGGCGGGAAUAAGGAUUGGUGCAAAGAGAAUUUUGUCAACAGCAGGAAUAUGAUGCUAGUAGCUGAAGUCAGAGCACAGUUGAGGGACAUCUGCCUAAAGAUGUCAAUGCCAAUCAUGUCAUCCCGGGGAGACACAGAGAACAUUCGCCGCUGCCUUGCUCACAGUCUCUUCAUGAACACUGCCGAGCUUCAGCCGGAUGGCACUUAUGCCACCACAGACACCCACCAGCCUGUGGCCAUCCACCCCUCGUCUGUCCUUUUCCACUGCAAGCCAGCCUGCGUUGUGUACACUGAGCUGCUCUACACCAACAAAUGCUACAUGCGAGACCUCUGUGUUGUGGACGCUGAGUGGCUGUACGAGGCUGCCCCUGAGUACUUCAGGAGAAAGUUGAGGACCACCAGAACCUGAGCCACCCAACAUGCUGCCAGAACUGUGGGUGCCUGUGCACUAAGACCGCAGCUGUCCUUGUAGUACCUUACAGCUUGGCAGCUAGAGAAGUGAGACUGAAUUUUGAAUUCCUAAGACAAUUGUGUAGAGUUAGAGCAUUUAUACCUUGGAAACCUAAAAUCAUGCUUUUGGGGGUGGGAGAGAUUAGCCCAAUGGGCUGGAGUGCAUGCUGUGCAUACUCUGGAGUUCCCUGACAUCAUACAAUUCCCCAAGCACCAUUGGGUUGGGAGCACUCCCUAAGUGUGGAGCUGGAGUUGCCCCUGAGUAAUGUCAUUUGUGGCCCCUCAAAAACUGAAAUCAAACAGAGCAUUGUUUUGGGUUCUUAUAGGGUGAUUUUGGAUGACUCAAUUAACGUCUGAAUCUCAGUUUCCACAUCUGCCUCAUGGGGGUAAUAUAAUUAGAAGGUUGGGGUGACCAAGUUCAGAGAAACCUAAUGGAAAGUACCCAGAGCUGUACCUGACUCAAGAUCAAAACACAAUGAAUUAUGAGCCUUUAUGCUUGAUAUUUAGCUUUCUCCAUGAUGCGAAUUGAGUACAGCAUACCCUCCUCUGGAUUCUUAAAGAUGGGGAGAUUUUUUAAAAGGAACCCAAAGAGGUCGCAGGGCUCAGAUCAUUUCCUUUUGUCAAUUUUAACGUCUAUAUGUAUAUUUUUUAAGCUGCAAACAUGAGAAAUUGACUGUUAUAGAAGUUUUGGGAGGAACGUGCUGUAGUUUCUUAACUCAUGGGCUGGUUGUCCGUACUAGACCUCAUUUCCAGCAUGUGCUUCUGUAGCACAAUUCUCUACCCAUAUUUCCAGGAGACAUAGAAUCUUUUCUUCGUGAAGAUUGAUUUGUAUCUUCUGAAUCGUAUCAAGACAAGACUCAGGAAACUGUCCUUGUGAUGUACUGGCUUCCAGUAUACCCAGUUCCCAUUUUUCUUUCUAAAAUAAGGACUAACACCUUGCCUCAGUUUUAGCCAUUAGCCAUCAUUCCUCUUCGGCAGGACCUCUGGUCAGGGUGGGUGAGGAGGGAGGCAAAUGGUCAGUGAAAACCAAGAUAGCAUUAUCUCCUCCACCCACCAUAUCUGCUUACUAUUCUUGCAUCUUAUUUCUUUACUAUGAUCCAUUUUCCCUUCAUUGGGAGUUGGAGGGCAACCUGGUGUUGUAGCUUCCUGGGCCAGUUACUUCUCUCCAGCCCUCAAUCAUUACAUUUCUUAGAGGGAUGUAGAGCUUAUCCAGAGUCUAUUUUUUUCUCACAUUUUGAGAAAAAUACCGCACAAAAUAUUUUCUUGACUAUUAUCAGAGUAUUUCCCUAGAGAAUGUUUUGCCCCAAAAGAAGCCAAAAUCAGGUACAUUUAUCUUGCUUACUCGGUCUAAAUGUAUAUGUGCAAUAGUUGGAUUAUUACAAAAUAAGUGAUGUGAUUUUGUUGUUGCUGUCUUGGGGCCACAUGACUGUGUUCAGGACUUACUCCUGGCUCUGUACUCAGUGAUCACCUGAUGGUUCUUGGGUGGCCAUAUGGGGUUCUGUAACUAGAUUAACCACAUGCAAAGCCUAAACCCCUCUACCAUCUCUGACCCCAAAUAUGAAAGACUCUCCUAAUGGUAGAAGAUGGUAAUUUUACUGUAGGUUCAGUGAGUACAUCUUGAGGUCAUAGCUGACUGGAGUAUCCUGGAUCCAAGUCUCAUCUUUCUGAUCUGUAUAUCAAAUCUGGCAUGGACUUUUUAACAUUGUGGUAGCCUUGAGCAGAUAAACUUUUGUUCUUGGGCUAUACCCGGUGGUGCCCAGGGUAUAUUCCUGGCUCUGCACUCAGGGAUCACUCCUGGUAGGCUCGAGGGACCAUAUGUGGUACCAGGGAUCAAGCCCAGGUUGGCUGUGUGCAAGGCAAGUGCCCUACUUGCUAUACUAUCACUCCAAUCCCUGAGCAUACAAACUUCUAACUAGUGUUCAGUGAAUGAACAUUUGUGCUUUGUUUCUGUUAGAAAUUGUUACAUUCAUGCCAAGUAGGAUUUGGCAGAUAUAUACUCUGUCUUAGUGAAUUUUUAGAGUUUGUCUAGGUCUUCCUCAGAUUGACUUUUUAAUACCACUGCUCUUUCUGAAAGAGUUUUUUUUUUUUUUUUUUAAAUUUCAGGUGUACUCUUCUCAUUUAAUGGAAGCCUAGGAAUUUUUGACCGACGUGGUGAAAGUAAAUAUUAUACUAAAUAAAACAUUCGUUACAUUGGUAAACAAUUGAGGAGUGACAGUUGGUAAAAAACUGAGAAAGAACAUGAUGUUCCUCAGCAAAUUUUCUAGAGGUGUUCUCAGUAAAAUAAAACUUGGAAUAAUACAUAUCCAGCUUAAGUAGCAAGUUUAUGGAGAUGUGUAUUUUCUGAGCAAAAAUGUAGAAUAAGGGGUAUUUAACUGAUCCAAGUAAAUAGCUUCUAAGUAGCUUUAAUGCUUCAAAACAGAAAUAUAUUUAUCACUAUAACAUUCUGAUAGAGUUUUAAUAUAGUUUUUUAUUUGGCUUUUUCAAAACUUAUUUGUAAUAUAGCUGCUCAGGGAUUAAAUCAGACUGGAAAAUUCAUUCUGAUUCUAUGUAUUACUUAAAAAGAAAUAUUUAUGUAUAACUAAAUUACAGGGGAUACUAUAAUUAAAUUUAGAUUUUAUGAAAGUUCAUUGUGUGCCAGGGAGAUGGCCCAAAGUGCUGGAGUGCAUGUUUUGCAUGAGGGGGCCCCAGAUUCAGUCCCUGGCACUGCAUGGUUCUCCAAGCAUUCUGGGUGUGCUCCCUCCCCUCCCAAAAGUUCAGUGCUUCAUGAUAUUGCAGUAUAAUCUUGAGCUACUCUUUUUUUUCAACUGGUGAAAUUUCUGAUGGUGUAAUGCCUCUUUUUUCACUAUGUAAAAUCCUUACCUGAGUGAUCACUAGCUUAUGUGAGCAUCUUCAUGUAAAUGUAUGCUAUCUGAUCAGAUUACAUGCCCCAGGUGUAUGGCUUUUUAUUUUUAAAUCUAGUAAUCAAGGAGUUUGAAACAUCCGGAGCAACAGAUUUCAUAAGAAAGUAAAAACUGCCAAAACCCAGAGUUCUUAGUAAAAAUCACCUACUUUGUACCCAAACCAUAGUCAACCAGUAAAUAAUAGGGGGGGGGGUUGGGGGGGAAGGGCGGGAGGGAAGAAUGGUUAGACCAGAGGUGAUGUAGGGACAGAAGUGGAGGGUCAUAAGUACUUAUGUAGUAAUAUUGUGCUUUAAUACCAUAAACUGAAAUACUCUUAUAGCCCUGUCACCUAAACUACCAUAAAAAGGGUUUUUUUUUUUUAAAAGCAUACAAGCUGUGGGGUGGAGGUGGGGUCUUUUACUUAAUAUUGCAUCUCUACUAGGUACAGAGAUCAGAAUAGACACAAAGUUUUACUCUGGGUAAAAUAUUAUAAACUGUGAUGCAUAAAAGUUUAAUCCAGUUAUUGAUAAUUGGUUGGAUCUGGGGCAAGGCAUUUAAAAUAUCAUGUCUUGGGCUUAUAAGGAAAUAUCGCACCAGUUGGUAAACAAGGAUUUUAUAUUUUAUUUGACCGGGAUAUUGUAAUUUACAGAAAGAGAAAGAAGAAAGUUAAUGUAAAUUCAUAUUGUAUUUUAAGAGUCUAGUAGUAAAAACAGGCAUAGCUCUAUAAAGACACUGUAUUAAGCUCAGAUUUGCAAAUGAUUGUCAAAUCCAUUAAAAAAAUCUUAUACAUGA